ACAGUACCGCGGACUCCUUAACGUAGCCGGAGGACGUUUUUAACUAUUCCUAAUUUUCUGUAAUGGGGAAACCUAGUGGUCCUGCUCCACAAGUUAAUGGGAUUUCUCCAAACCAAGGAACCCCUGGGACAAAACUGACUAUUAGAGGAGAAAAUUUAGGGAACACUGCAAGUGAUCUUCUACAUGUAUUCAUUGGUGGGAUAGAUGUUGGAAGAAGUGCUCAAUGGUUCUCACCCAAGAAACUUACUGCCAUUACACCACUGGGAGAAGGUGAACUUGAAAUCGUUGUGGUUACCGAUAGUGGGGGCUUUGGAACUGCCGCAGUGAUUUAUCGCCAAAAUAUCCUCCGCGUAGUCAGUCCACAAACUGUUGUAACUUAUUGGCCAGAAGAUGAUAGACGUGUUGCUCCUACUAGCGGUAGUACUUCUGCAGGAUCAUCUGGAUCUACUGUAGCUGUUGGAUGUGUUCCUGGAGCAGAGCUCGAUCAUUCCACUGGUCUUCCAAUGUCAGAGUUGAGUCGAAUUAGUAUGCCACUGUCAGACUCUGCCUUGAGAGAAAUAUACCCACGGUCAGGUUCAGUACAUUUGGCCGAUAAAGAUUUUAAUCCAGUUAUGUUUCUACUGAAAUUCUAUAAAAAUUCUAAUUUUAAUGAUUUAUUGGUUACGGUGAAAAAUUUUCGCCAAAGUAUGGGCCAGGAAGGUCCAGGCGAGCCUGUCAAUGUUAUUAGAACAAAUCUAGUUUUAAUUUUUCGGUGUCUGGAUGGAAUGGAUGGUUUACGUCGUAGAUUGGACAACGAGAAAAAAUCAAUUGAAACAAAUGACAGCAAUGAUUUACGUUUGGAAUCAAUUCUUUACGAUACCCGUACACUUGGUCAUCGUUUAUUUGAAGAUAUUUUAAAACGUAGAGAUAGGGGUGAUUCAAUUAAAAAUGCUAUAUCUGUUUUGCAACGUUAUCAGUUCCUGUUCAAUCUACCGCAUGCUAUUCGAACAAAUAUAUCGAAAGGUGAUUACAAUUUGGUAUUAAAUGAUUACUUACGUGCAAAAUCAUUAUUCUCCAGUUCAGAUACUGAAGUUCUACGUCGUAUUUAUAGUGAUGUGGAAACUGUAGUUGCUAAUUUUUCUGUUAUGCUUCGUAAUCAACUGAUUUCUAUGCCAAUUGAUUGUGAUGAUGCAAGACAUAAAAUUGGGUAUCUAACACAAUUAGAAGUGGAUUAUGAUCCUGGUUGGUUAUGUUUGACAUAUUUCAAAGAUUGGCUGAUCGAUCAACUACGUAAUUACCAACGUAUAUCUCAUCAAGAUAUGGUCGAUGGUAAUUCAAUGAAAAAUAAACAGUUUGAUGGUUCUAAUAUCAUUGGUAAUCUUCUCUCCGUGGAUAAUAAAUCGUCUAUAAUGAAUCCUGAUUCAUUCAUCUUAUUUGCUGAAGACUUUUAUGGUGUUCCACCAAUGGUUGGUAUGGUAAAAGCAGUAUGUCGUUUACUUACUACACAUGUUAUUCAAUUUUGGCGUUUGGGUACAGCUUAUAUUUCGGGGCAGUUAAAUUAUAACAAUCAAAAAUUUUAUGAUAAACUUGGUCAGACGUCAUCAACAAACGAUCCUAAAGCGGCAUGGCUGCAAAUUAAUUUAGAACUUGUACACUCUGUGUCCAAUCACAUGCGUGAUAAUGUUCUUGAAGCUUUCAGCACUACAUCUAAUGAAACUUCAUUAACUGAUCAUUUAUUAGAGUGUAUAAAAGAAUAUAGACAAUGUUGUAGUUCCCUGCCAUUGUCGGAGAUGUCAUCUGAAAUCUGUGAUAUAUUUGCUAAACUUGCUUAUGAUCUACGUAAACUUGCUGUUCGUGGAAUAUUUCUUCGUGCUCAACUUACUAUUGAAACAUUACAAAUUAAAGAAAGAUGGGAUGUGGAUUUAACUGAUACUGAUGGUGGAAUUACUAAACUUCCUUUAUUGUAUGAAGAUAUUAUUGCCGACUCAUUCAUCCUUUGUGAAGAUCAAGUAUUUCCGAGAACAUCAAUAGAAAAACCACUUUUUGACUCUGAUGAACUUCAAGAACGUUUUCCAGAGUGGUCCGGAAUAGGAAUGAUUAGUUUCAUCGCAGUAUCACAACGUUUAGCUGAUCAAAUUGAACAUACUGUGCAAAGGGCCCAUAAUCAAGAUGAAUCAUCUAAUGAAUAUCAACAAAGUUGGAUAGAUUCAGGUGUAAAUAAUCGACGAAGUUCUGGACAAAACAUUAUUUCACAGGCUAGAGGAUUACUUUUAGUUUUAAAUAAUAUUGAAUGGGUUGCGUGUCAUGCAAAUUAUCGUCUGUUAAAUUUAUACAAGUCAUUAGGUUAUGUUUCAGUUGAUCGAUUACAAGCUACUUUAGAUGAAGCAUGGGACGAAGGUCGAAAGGAUAUUUGUUCAAGAUAUGUGAAAUUACGUAGUGAAUGGUUAUGUUUACCGCUUCAAUCAUAUUUAUCAAAUCUUUUACGGUCGGAAAGAUACACAAGUACUAAGAAACAGGACGAUAUAUAUAUAAUAAAUGGCAUACAAAGUUCAUUACAAGAAGUUUUAGCUAAUUUAUCGCAUAUUUAUUCUGAAUUAAUUUUACUCAUUGGAUUGAAAUCCAUUCAGUCAUCACCCUAUCGAACUAAUUCUUCCAAUGAGACUAAUGAUAAAAACCCAAUUUGUUCUAUUAGUAUACAAGAGAUUUUUCAUCAAAUUAUUCAAUAUCUUAUUCAAAAUAUUCAUGAUCGUUUAAUUGAACGUAAUAUAUCGGAUUGGUCACAAUUAGCUCAAUUACAAUUAACUCUGGAUUUGAAUGCAAUUAAAUUAAUUUUACCGAAUUAUUUAUUUACAAAUGAAUCAAAUAAACUAUUAAACACAAUAUGCGCUUGUUAUAAGAUUAAAAUAUCUCCAGUAUUCAAUUAUUUAGGAAGUGAAGAAUCUCAGUAAAUUGAUGAUUUCAUUCAUAUAUUUUUUUAAUGAAUUUUUCUCUCGGAGUAUGUACUUAUAAUGUUGUCGUUAUGUUGAAAGAGAUUGUGACACAUUCAUAAUUAAACUAUACGGCUAACAGAGAACAAUAAUAACUUGUAAACGAACCAUGUAAUAGUUUAUAGAUAUGAUCAGGUUGACACAGAAAGCUGUGUUAUAUCAUCUGAAGUACAUAGAUGUAAAGUGUAACUGUGUGAAAUAAUGUAGUUCAAAAAUCAUUUGAGGAGUACAUUUAUCAAAAGGAUUACAACAGUGUGAAGCAUCAGGUAGGAAUCAUUAAUUUUUUCAGAACGACUAGGACAUCGUAUUGAUGUGUGAUACGUGUAUCCGAGCUCAUCUCUAGAGCUAUGAAAAAGUCAUCUUAGUCAUGUACAACUAGGAAUAAAAGAACGAAACAUAGGGCACGAAACUAAAGCUGCAAAAAUUACUUUGAUAGGUUUGUCGUUAUACAAGUGACAAGUUAUUUGACGAUCUACUGAUUUCAAUAGAUGCUGUUUAAGUUAACAAUUUAAAUUGUCUUAAAGAGGUAAUUUUAAUAAGCAUGCUCAUUAAAAGCAUUGAUUUUAGGCAUUUAAUAUCCCUAUAAUUUCACUAGCUAAAUUUGAUACAGUCACAUGCGCAAAAUUGUUAUAACUUGUGGCCUUGUACCCUAUUAAUGCAUAACGUAAUGAUACUGCGAAUUAGAGAACAUUGACUUAUCGACCGCACCAAUAACGUACAAACCUGUACGAAUAGUUUAGAGUACUUAUCGAUCCUUCUUCCUGCAAAACCCUGUCAGUUAGUCCAGAACACCAAUCUAAACCCCGGCGAUAUGAAUCGCGUAUUUCAAAUAUACUGGGUUUAUAUACAAACCAAACAGAUCACAUUGCACCACAAAAUAGAAAACAACAUUUGUACAGGACUUAACCAAAAGUGGCUGUGAAUGUGAGAAACUGUAAUUAAUAGACUGGGCAUAACUCAAAAACGGUAAAUCGCAUAAUAAUAGCCUAUGGGUCGAAAUUAAGCUUUUAAUACGAGGAGCAUGAAUAUUUAUAGUUUGGCUACUUAAUAAAUAUGCAGUCAAAAUAUAUGUAUCUUAUUUGCCCAUAAAUGGUUCUCAAAAGGUACCAUUCACAAUUCUCGUCGGGAUAUAACAAAAAUACUUUUAUGGCGUUUUCGUAGGAGAGGGGUAACAUUACAUGGUAACGUGCUAUCAUGUCUUUGUAUCAUUUAUUGAAGGAUAACGUAAUCUUCCAAUCAUUUCUUGAGUUUAUCUUAGCUUGUCUUUUAUUAACGUUUGUGGUGUAGGAUACCAAGUACAUGAAAACUAUUGAAGCUCAAUUCUUUCUUAAGGCAUGACUCCAAACUUCAGCUUUAAUGUGCAUCAUCUUUAUGUUGAAGGAUAUAUAGUCUAAAAUUGUAAUGCCUUUUAAGAAUAAUCACACCAUUCGUUUUAGAAUUUGUGUUAUAAAACUUACAGUUUCGGAAUUGAUGCUUAAUAAACUAUUCAUUAAUUAUUUUGAAAGAAAAACAGUAUAGUAUCAGCUUUUAUCCUGUAAAUUAAGCAGUUAUUUCAAAAGCAGUUGUAGUAUACUUUGUCUUGUAACUCCAUAUCUUGCUAGAUAGUGAUUUAUAUAUAUGCCGUUUGUUACGAUUUCUCACUGAUAGUCUAUUACUGUCAGGAUAUCUACAUGUAGUCAUGAUUUACUUAACUUUGAACAUGUCUCCUUUUGUGUUUUCAUAUUUGUUAGACAUUUGUCGAAAUUGCUUGAAAAAGAAAGAAGUAAAAUGCGUUUAUUAAUUAAUGGUUUAACUACACUUCAAUCACCACGUCGAGAAUCAAUGGUCACAGGAUAAUGGUGAUUUUCUCGUGUAUUCCCACCCCAAAUCACACAGAUACACAAAAGUACACCAGAAGUUCACCUUUUCGUGGUGAUUAUCUUUUUAUGUGCUUAUUGUUGUUCACUUUCCUUUUUUAAAAACUUAAUUUGCAUAAAGUUUAAUUCUAAUCUGUGAUUGAUUUUCACAUGUAUAUGUGACUAUUAUUUCAACUAAUUAUAAACGUUCUGUUGUUUGUUUUCUAAAAAGAGAUUACGGUGUAAUCUCUUUUACGGGAAAAAACCGUGAAUAUAUUGAAUAAAUUUUGUGAACAGAGAUCAAUUUACUUCUAUGCUUAAUUUUGGGUCUUUUUUUAGUGAAAAAAAUUCAUAAUUCUUGUUUACACUCUGUAAAAUAUAAUCAGUUUGUCUACUUUUGAUGUUGACUUUGAAAGUUUUGUUAUGCAGCUUACCAAAUAGAAUUUUGUCUUU